AUGUUAUUACGACCUAAGUACCCAUUGCUGGAGAAGACCCGUGGACCAAAUUCAGACCUGGCUGAGGAUCUGGAGUGUCUCUGCCAGAUAAUGCGAACCAGCGGCAAGAUCCUUGACAUUCCUGAAGCCCAGAAUUUGAUGGAUCAAUACUUCAACCGGAUCCGUCGUCUAAGCGUGCGACCGGAACUGAACCUACGCACCCGCUUCAUGCUGCAGGACAUCAUUGACCUGCGCAAAGCUGGCUGGCAGCCGCGCAAGAUAGCUCAGUUUGACGGCCCAAGAACCAUUACUGAAGUACGAGAACAGGCUGCCCGCGAUUUGGGCAUUUACAUCCCUCCCCCGUCAGCAAGCACCCACCACUACUCGGGCAUGAUGUCACCUCUCUCAACCACCAUGCCAACGUUCUUCCCUCAGGUAAAGUAUUUUCUAAACGCUGCCGUUUGUGUUAAGCCCCUCUCAAUGGCUCCUAUCCUGCACAAGGAUCCUCCGCUUGUUAUCAAGCAAAUUCCUGCUGAGAAAACCAACAAGAACAAGAAGGAAAAAGGCCCAACGCGCGAAGAGUACAUGCGUCGUGUCCGAAGCCUUGUUGACAAACUUACAAGUGGAGGAAGCCCUAAAAUUGUUCCUCCGUCCGUGCCGACGGAGGCCACGCCUGGUAGUGCCGGCGUCACCAACGGCACCCCACCUGACGAGGCUGCUCAAAACACCAAAGUUGCAGAGGCUUGCCAGGCUUAUAAGGACAUCAAACUGCCUGACCGACUUGCCGCUGACGCUGCUCACGCUCUUUUCUCAUCCAUUCUCAAGCUGGAUGAAGGAGGACGUGAAAUUGGCAGUCAGCUAUUGGUGCAACUACGUACCGAGAAUCUCAUAUCCCAGGACAAAUUGUGGGACGGCCUCAAGCAGGUUCUGUCUGAGGUGGAAGCUGGUCUCAGCGACUGUCCUCGCGGCAAAGGGCAGCUAGCGGAAGUCUUGGCUCAGCUCGUGCUGCUCAACACCUUCACCCUGUCCGAACUCGCCGAUCCUAUGCAGGCUGGUGAACACUUCCCGCUCUACCUCCUCGUCCUCCAGCACCUUCACAAGCUGGCAGGCAAACCGAAACUCACGCAACUCUUCAACGACUCCAAGGUGAACCUACUCAACCUUGUACCAGAGAGCGAGCGUACGAAGGAGCAGCUGUCGGACUUGCUUGAGGACCGACAACUUAGUUUCUUGUUCCCCUUGCUUCGUAUCCAGUCGCAGUUGAGCGCUGCUCUAGCAAACGAGCCAUCACCACACGCCUUCUUCAAGUACAUCAAAGACACUCUGGACGUGAAGCAUCACACAGCACCGGAGUUUGUCAACGCUCUGGUGACGGUGCUGCUGAAGCAUAUCACUCACGAGACUACUAUGGCUCCAGGCACUGAUCUCUCACUCAUCCCUGAAAAAGGAGUUGCGGAGAAAGAAAAAGAGUUGCUUGCACGAUUCAAGCCUGUGCUGCAGGCUUUCCUGCACUCCCAUCAUGAUCUUCAAGUUUAUGCCAUUUAUGCAUUGCAGGUGUUCACGUACACCAACAACUUCCCUAAGGGCAUGUUACUGCGUUGGUUUGUGUCGCUCUACGACCUCGAGAUCAUCGAGGAAGAAGCCUUCCUCACCUGGAAGGAGGACGUCAAUGAUAAUUACCCAGGCAAGGGCAUUUUGCUGGAGAAGACCCGUGGACCAAAUACAGACCUGGCUGAGGAUCUGGAGUGUCUCUGCCAGAUAAUGCGAACCAGCGGCAAGAUCCUUGACAUUCCUGAAGCCCAGAAUUUGAUGGAUCAAUACUUCAACCGGAUCCGUCGUCUAAGCGUGCGACCGGAACUGAACCUACGCACCCGCUUCAUGCUGCAGGACAUCAUUGACCUGCGCAAAGCUGGCUGGCAGCCGCGCAAGAUAGCUCAGUUUGACGGCCCAAGAACCAUUACUGAAGUACGAGAACAGGCUGCCCGCGAUUUGGGCAUUUACAUCCCUCCCCCGUCAGCAAGUACCCACCACUACUCGGGCAUGAUGUCACCUCUCUCAACCACCAUGCCAACGUUCUUCCCUCAGACGGGCAUGUCCCGCACGGGCAUGGAGGACGUGUUUGGGAUGCCCAUGGGAGGCGCAGCAUCGUUGGGCACGGGCCCCGGUGUCAUCUCAUCGCAGCCUGACAAAUUCACGCCGUUUGGGGACGAGCCCAACGGGUUUGGGGUCCCGAUGGGUCUUGGGGGACCGGGACACGGACGUGGUGGAGAUGGUGGCUACAACGGUGGACGUAGCAACAGACACCACAUGCAAGGAGGCAUUCAGGGCGGCUACGUGCCGAACAACAGCUACUACCAGAACAAGCACUUCACUAAUAACUACAACCGAUACAUGAACAACAACCAGCACCACCAGGGCGGCGGCCCUCCAUCAGGGGGCGGUGGGCGUGGAGGCUACGAUAACAACACCGCCUCGGAUCUGCCCCCACGCUUCAAGAAGAUGUUUGUGAGCAACCAGGCUGGUGGGGGAGGCCCCAUGGGCGCCCCUAGUGGCGUUGUGGGAGGCUCUGGGCCUGGAGGACCUGGUGGUGUCAUGGCUGGCAACGCAGGUGGUGGAAUGGGUGGAGGUGGUGGCGGUGGUGUGGGUGGUGACCGCAGCGACCUACACCACGGCGAGCUGUCACUGCGACCUGCCUCAGCUCACAACAUGUCGCUCAAGCCCAAGAUUCCUGGCCUCCUGCCUCAGAGCGCCCUGUCUUCAACUCCUCUCAACGAGAGCAAACCUGAGCUGCACCGCCCCCCGCUGGGGGUGCAUUAUCCCAGCGUGCAGCCCCCGAACCCCAAGCCCCUCUCAAUGGCUCCUAUCCUGCACAAGGAUCCUCCGCUUGUUAUCAAGCAAAUUCCUGCUGAGAAAACCAACAAGAACAAGAAGGAAAAGGGCCCAACGCGCGAAGAGUACAUGCGUCGUGUCCGAAGCCUUGUUGACAAACUUACUAGUGGUGGAAGCCCUAAAAUCGUUCCUUCGUCUGUGCCGACGGAGGCCACGCCUGGCAGUGCCGGCGUCACCAACGGCACCUCGCCUGACGAGGCUGCUCAAAGCACCAAAGUUUCAGAGGCUUGCCAGGCUUAUAAGGACAUCAAACUGCCUGACCGGCUUGCCGCUGACGCUGCUCACGCACUUUUCUCAUCCAUUCUCAAGCUGGAUGAAGGAGGACGCGAAAUUGGCAGUCAGCUAUUGGUGCAGCUACGCACCGAGAAUCUCAUAUCCCAGGACAAAUUGUGGGACGGCCUCAAGCAGGUUCUGUCUGAGGUGGAAGCUGGUCUCAGCGACUGUCCUCGCGGCAAAGGGCAGCUGGCAGAAGUCUUGGCUCAGCUCGUGCUGCUCAACACCUUCACACUGGCCGAACUCGCCGAUCCUAUGCAGGCCGGCGAACACUUCCCGCUCUACCUCCUCGUCCUCCAGCACCUUCACAAGCUGGCGGGCAAACCGAAACUCACGCAACUCUUCAACGACUCAAAGGUGAACCUACUCAACCUUGUACCAGAGAGCGAGCGUACGAAGGAGCAGCUGUCGGACUUGCUUGAGGACCGUCAACUUAGUUUCUUGUUCCCCUUGCUUCGUAUCCAGUCGCAGUUGAGCUCCGCUCUGGCAAACGAGCCAUCACCGCACGCCUUCUUCAAGUACAUCAAAGACACUCUGGACGUAAAGCAUCACACAGCACCGGAGUUUGUCAACGCUUUGGUGACGGUGCUGCUGAAGCACAUCACCCACGAGACUACUAUGGCUCCAGGCACUGAUCUCUCACUCAUCCCUGAAAAAGGAGUUACGGAGAAAGAAAAAGAGUUGCUUGCACGAUUCAAGCCUGUGCUGCAGGCUUUCCUGCACUCCCAUAAUGAUCUUCAAGUUUAUGCCAUUUAUGCAUUGCAGGUGUUCACGUACACCAACAACUUCCCUAAGGGCAUGUUACUGCGUUGGUUUGUGUCGCUCUACGACCUCGAGAUCAUCGAGGAAGAAGCCUUCCUCACCUGGAAGGAGGACGUCAAUGAUAAUUACCCAGGCAAGGGCAUAGCCCUCUUCCAAGUCAACCAGUGGCUCACGUGGCUGCAAGAGACCGAAGAAGAUGACGACGAAGAAGAAGAAGAAGGCUGAAGACUUAUUAAUUAACUAGAAACUUCAUGCCUUGGAACAUACCAGAAACUUGAAAAUUAGCACGGAAACCAACGCGUCUUCACGUUGGGAAUUUUUCAUGAGCCACCUACGCCAGCAAUGUUGUCCUAUGCUGAAUCCUGUCUGGGAGAAUUUAUUAGUCAUCUCCAUUAAUUUUCUACUACCAUCAGUGAAUGAAAUAAAUUUCUAGCAAGUUCUGUGAAGAGCCCCUUGGUCUCUUAUCGCCUUUAGGUUGCAGUGAAGUCAGCAAUGUGAUUUAGCGAUGUAAAGUUGAUCUUUUGUAUUUCGAAGACUGUGGUCAAUGUUUAAUAAUCAGGAACUUCAUAGACUUUAAAGACCUUUUUUGUGAAAACCAAUUCAAAUGAGUUAAUUUCAGUGAUAGUAAAGUGUUCGGGUGAAGCCCAAUUAGCUGUGGUGGUUUGGUGUUGCGCUAUCUGAAUCUCGUUCAUUUACGAGAAUUCUUUACCGUACGAGCUCUGAGGCAGAGCUUGCCUGCUCUUAACAUAAGGCGUUUUUGCUUCUUAUUAUAACCUCUUUCUAUUCCGGAAUGAUUAUUAUUUAUUCACUAAUAUUCCUCGAAACUUCAUGUAGUUAUUUUUCUUUAUAUGUAAGUUGAAUGGAUAUGUUGUGCGCCUAUUAAUCCUGCUUUCAUUUUCCCUUUGCCUUCAACUACAUGGUUUGAGCAAUUUACAUACCUACCAGAAUCAAUACCUGGUGUGUUACCUACCAGAGAUGUACUGGCGAUGCACCUCAGGUUGUCCCAAUGAUGACAAGUUUUCAUUAAUACCAAUUGUCUUCCCAAUGCUCCAGCUGUUAUUUCUCUGAAUAAACGAGGUCUGCGUGUGCAAACGAAGGUUAUAUCAGCUAAUUGCAAAUACUGAAAUAUUUUUAAUCUGCAAGAUUUGCAAUUAGGUACUUAGCCGUUCAUGUUUGCAUUAAGGUCGAAUUUUUUUUACACUACGCUUUCUUUUACCAUUAUAUUACAACUUCAAGAUAUUAAUGUUGUGUUUCAUAGUUCGACCAGUACGUUGUUAAAUUAUUUUUUAUGUGAUGUUUGCUGUUCAUCCGUUGAUUGAUGCUCUUCAGCCAUCACAAUUCAUAUAUGACUUACGCUCAGACCCUCGUAUGUUCCAGCUUAUACUUUGCUGUUUCCUACAUUUUUUUAUGACUUUUCGUAUGUCCAUUGGACUCUGGCCUGUAGUGCCUCAGACCAAUUUUUAAUAUCACAAUGGUUCUUGUUUGGAAUUUUAUCCCAAAUUUCCAAAUAAUUUCAACUUUACCUGCUGAAGGGGAGCUAACAGGCUAACGGUACAGUUUUGGAACACUCGGUACUCCUUCUAGCUGUGGCUCAUGGAAUCAAAGCCACCAAUCAGUUUUGAACUCAUGUUUUUAACUCCUUUUUGCAAUAUUUUGAAGUAUUUUGUGCUUAGUGUAUUAGAUCACCCUUCUCUCGGGGACCCCAUGUUGGGCAUCGUGCUCGUAGCAAGGGAAUGGGAACUCGGCUGUCGUAGAUAUUUCCGCUUUUUAUAAGAACGUAGACAACCACAGCUUUUUAGAGUUCCCUUUGUUCAGUGGAUUAUCGUGCCCCGGUGGUGUAAUCUUAACCUUAUUAGAUCCUUUUGAUGUUGCAAUUCCUUCAGUCCGGUGGCACUUGAUGGUCUUGUGUAUGCAGUCGUACAUGUACGAUUAUUUUUUAAUGUUCCAUUGUAGUCUCACUUGACUGCUCUUUUCCACUUUGCUUCUGAUGACUUCCGCUAAACCUGGCGAAGCGUCAACAAUUUUUGUCGUUUCCGGAACUUAACGCGGACGAUUCUUAUCCCUGCAAUUCUGUAGAAUUAGCUACCAAGGUAGUUUAGUUACUUGGUUUUGUGUUUAUAAGAAACUGUAUGCAAAGUUCAAGAGCGUAUUCUAUAUCACGCCUGUAGAGAUGAGAAUUUGCGCCCAUUGGCCAUAAUUGUGGUAGGAAAAUCCUACCCUACAACGAUUUGGUUGCAUUUUGUUCCAAACAAAAAAUUUAUUUGACCCCAAGCAAAAGCGUUAACGCGCUCAUAGGUAUAUUGUGUUUUGAAGAGUUUUGUAGUUUUCUGUACAACUUGCGCUUGAUUUAAUGCUCUCUCGUAAAACGGUUAGAACAUUUACCGUAGUUAAGUAGAGCUAUUCGAGAUGCCGUUUCUUUUUUUUAUGCAGCGCAAUUUCGGUGAAAUGAAGUAGUGUGCCAAUGCGAAUUGAGAACAAAGCUGUACCACCUAACAUCCUUAACCUCUGUUUGUAGCUGAUGAAAUCAUAUUAUUCUUCACGUGUUCUAAGCGACACACGAUUUAGUUCAUGUAUUUUUUAAUCCUAGUUUUUUUUUAAUGAUCAUCGAUGGGUAAAGCAGUUUCUAAUUAUUUUCUGCAGGUAACUUUAAGCUGCAGUAAAUUUGUUAUUCACGUUGUAAACGCUGAGUCAGAGUGGCGGCAUUUUUAAUUACAUGGCAUUUGCCCUUGAUCUGUUUUCAAGGAAAUAUUUUUUUUAUAUUCUGCCUUUAACUGCGCUGUACCAUGCGUGUGCAUUUGCUAUUAUUGCUUGUGCACAAUUCAGCUCUCAUCUUUUCUUUUCCGCACCGUGUGCGUGUACUUAUGUUAGUUUACUUGCUUGCAUUCUUUUGGUAAUACUAAUUAAAUAUCGUUUGGCAUGCUUCCAUCACUGAAGCCUCAUUGCGGUUGUAUUUCCAUUCUUUGUCACUAGAUUGUCAUGGCAUGCGUCGGCAAUUGGUUCGUUCGUACAUUCUACAUGGAGGGGUAACCGUGUGAGUAAGGGUAAUGGCGGCAAGCCAUGCUACUUGAGAUUCGCUCAAUCACGAACUAAUGAUGUUGGGACUGACUUCCUUAUACGUAUUCCCUAGUGGAUUUUAAGGGUUUUAUUAAUGAAUUAUCAUUAUUCUGAAGUGUGCCUAUUCAUAAGAAUGUUUGGAGUUAAUGUCUUUUUUUCUUUGAGAACUAAGCUGUUUAACCUAAUAGAAGUAGUUGCAAAAAUAGGAAUUUAUUUACAGACACCUCGUCCAUUGUUGAAUUGUAAGGCGCAGAAGUGCCGAAUGGUUUCUUCUAGACGAUUUUAAACUUUUUUCAUUUCUUAAUUUAAAAUAAUGCACUAUGAAAUUUACAACGUGCUGUAAGGCCGACUUAUUAAACACUUUUAAUUAGGUAGCUCCCGAGCACCCCUCGUCUUUUCUCGCGCUCUCUGUCCUAUUCCUUGUUUGCAAUCUAGAAUUUAGAUUAAUGCACAUGCUGCGUUGAUUACAUGUUGUAUCGACUCCAAACGGUACCGUGAUUUGCGUUCCGCGGCCAAGAAAAUGGUCGUCAUGUUUUUUUACGUCCCCUAGACCUAUUGUUCUGCAACAAACUUAUAUUCUUUACGGUGUCGUAUAACGAACUUUUCCGGCAACAUUGCCCUCCUUCCCAAAAUUGAACUUAUCUUAACUAGUGUUAACGUAUGUUCUUGAACUGAACCCAGGAAUAUUUUCUUGUGCGCUGUGAUCUUAAUGAUCCGCUAUAAUUUGAUCGGCACUUCAAAGGCAGUCGCUUCUGCCACAUUCCAUCUUUACGCCUAAAGUGGUCCUCUUUAUUUUCUUCGGUUUGGACAUGUUAUUUUUUGGGUUUUUACUGAAAAUAAUAAUCUGCAAAUGGCAUUAAAGUCCAGUGUUUUGAUUCACCAAAAUUAUUCUCCUCUCUUUAUUCCUGAAAUUCGUUAUUAUAAGUAUAAUUAGUUUUGAGGACGUUGGUUUCUUGUUGCACCUUGUGACGGCAAAGCUGCAAUUCUUAGACGGAUAAUCUAACCUGCAUCGACGUGAAUCACAUUCUAAUGAUCAAAAAACGCCGUAUCAAUUCUGAUAAAAGACAGAAAUAAUGUUAAUCACUUUCUGUAGGUUCUUAUGAGAGUAGAUGAGCUUAGCUUGUAGUAAAAAUCUUUUCAAACACAAUGAGCACAUUUAAUUUUGUCCGGUGAUCUUCUAUCACCAUCUAGGUUAUAAUACGUCACCAUCUAAUAGCUUGUUCUGUACCCACAUGAUAGAGUCACGCCUAGUGACGUCAUCCCUGUUAAGGACUAUAUAUAGCCAGAGCAGUGCACCGCUCGUCAGUUGUAGCGGUACUGCCUAGCCGUCAUCUUGCUAGCCGCUCCUCCGGCACAUAC